AUGUCCGACCUACCAAGCCUCUCAUCACUGCCCCAGCAGUCCCAGGAAACCCAGCUGCGGGUGCUGGACACCUUAUUCGAACCGUCGCCCGAGCUGCACCAGUUGAUGACUCCGGUUCUGGCUGGCCAGAGCUUCACCUCUUACGCCGCGCUGAUCGAUGCCGUGGGCGGUCGCAUGUCCGCCCUUUCCGCCGUCAAUUCGCCCGUCGACCGGAAUGUGCUAUUCGGCAUCCUGGGUUCGCAUCCCCGGCUCGGUCGGGCCCCCGCCAACCCCGAACAUCUCAGCGAGUUGAGCAAGAAGGAACAGGCGCAAUUGAAUGAUGGCGCAGAGGAGCAAGCGGAGAAGUUACGCGAAUUGAAUGCGGAAUACGAGGCCCAGUUCCCCGGCCUGCGAUUUGUCUCGUUUGUCAACGGCCGCACCCGAGAUGUCAUCAUGGUGGAAAUGCGCCAGCGCAUUGAUCGAGCAGACACCGAGCGCGAAAUCUCCGAGACGAUCCAGGCCAUGUGCGACAUCGCGAAGGAUCGCGCGCGCAAACUGCAGGCGCGCAUUUAA